GUCCAUCACAGGGAUCAUCGCUAGUCCAUUGCAUGUGAUCUGAUAAUGUGUGUUAAUUCUUCAUCUGGCAGAUGUUUUUCCUUCUCCGUAAGAAGAACAAUCAAGUAACUUUCCUUCAUGUUUAUCACCACACAACUAUGGUUGGCUUGUGGUGGAUUGGAAUGAAGUGGGUAGCGGGUGGACAGUCAUUUUUAAGUGCAAUGAUUAAUUCUAUGGUACACGUCUUUAUGUACACUUACUAUGGUAUGUCAGCUGUACCAAGUUUAAGGAAAUACCUUUGGUGGAAAAAGCAUCUAACACAAUUUCAGUUGACCCAGUUUUGUAUGCUUCUCUGUCAUGGUGUUGUCUCACUCUAUGUCAAGUGUAACUAUCCUCUGUGGAUGCAGUAUGCCUUGAUUGGUUACAUGAUCUCCUUCCUUGUUUUGUUCUCAAAUUUUUACAUUCAUGCAUACUUUACCAGGAAGUUCAAUAGGCAUGAAAAGGGUGUAGCAAAUGGAACAGUCAGGGAAAGUGCUGAUAUCAUGGCAAACGGUAAAGUCAUGACUAAUGGAGAAGUCAUAGCAAAUGGGAUAGCAAGCUCCGAUGUUGAAGAUAGGAAGAAGCGCAUUUAAUAUCAAGAUAGAUGGUAGAGAUUUAGGACAAAAGUUGAUGUUUAUUUCAAAAGUUCACAUCAUUUCUCUCUCCUAUGUAGCGGCUCAACAAGGUGUGUUUGUGAGAUUGCGAGAUUUUUUAUGUAGGCUAAAAGCCUUUGCAGAGGAAAAGAAAUAUCCUGGUUUGUAAUUUUAAUCUGGGUUGGGGGGGGGGGGUAUUAAGGGUUAUUUUUUAUGUGGUGGUUUUAAGGCGCUAGCAAUGGAAGUCAAGGCAAGAAAAUGACUCUAAUGGACUAAGGCCUUGAAGGCAAGAAAAGUGACAGUUUAGUAGGAGCUGUUCCAUUCCAAAAUACUGUAAAAAGGUAACUGAAUUUAUGAUACAAAACGCUGCAGGGCUGGCUGUCUAAAAAAAAACUGAUAAUAUAUCUUAUCUUUCAUGUACAUGCACAUACCCAAAAUGUAUAUUACAAAGUCAUUUACUUCAGUAUAACAAAAUGUAUUUAGCUCAUAUGCAUAACAUACAGAAAUUAAGUGAUGAUUAUAAUUAUUGUUAAAUACAUUGCAUAAUAAAAUGAUCAUAUAAUAUAAAUUUAUACAUGUAGAUCAAAAAAGACAGUGUGUGUUUAUACAAAGAAUCAAUUUAGCUCUCAGGGUCCCAAGUUAUUUAGGACUCCAGGUUUAGAAGCUAAAAUACAUUUAACAACCAAGCCCCUGUUGCUUUACCUCAAGGCCCUUAAGAACAGAAAUAAGCAUCUAUUUCCAGGCUCUAACAAAGAAAAGUUUUUGAAUUCACACAAGGGUUCCAGAGACACCCCUCUCCUCUCUUCCUUGGGACCCUAAGCACUAAAUGUUUUAAAUUAGAAUAUUUUAUCUUUAGAACCAAAUUGAGAGAGUUUGUUAGUCUUAGCUUGCACAGCAGAUAGUGAAAAUUAUGGGAGGGAAGAGUGAGGAAAAUUUUGUUAGGAAUAAGCACAAUCGUAAGGAAAUUGGUGAGGACAAGUUUCAUACACAACUACAAGGAAAUUGUGUUCUGCUUUCAAAUUAUUUCCGUGGCAAAAGUCACUCAGGGCUCUGGAUCUUCAAAAAGUGAAGAUCAAACUUGUUAUACAUUAUCGUGAAUAAAAAACGUGGGUGUAUUUGUGAAACUCUUGUACAAUUAUGUGAGGUUUAGCUUGCUGUUCUUCUACUGCAGGAAGUGUAAAAUAAGGCCUUAGUACAUUUGCCUUGGGAUAUCAAAGGGGAGGGGGUUUCUAUUGAUGUUGCCAGCACUCUGGGUUCCGUAGUGCAGGCCUCCCAGGGUUUUUUGGGGGGAACAAGGGAAUAGAUAUAAUUUUAAGCUGUUUGCCAGUUGGCAGUUCCAUAUGGUAAAAAACUGUGGCCAAGGGCAGCAUUUUCAAGUUUGAGGUCACAGUUUUUCAAUGUACAGACUGACCCCAAGCUGGUAAAUAACUUAUUUAUUUUUUCCUCUCUCUUUCAAAUCACUUUUAUAAUUGUUGACCUUUUCCACGCACACACACAUCACGUGCUCAUUACCGUGGUCAGAGAUAGAAAAACUCAAUUGCGGGAUUUGUUACCGUGCCCUCUUGGAAAAAAUAAAACCAUUUAUUUCAAGGGAACAAGGGAAUGUUAAUGGGGAACAAGAAGGAAAACAAUUAAGAAAAUUUUUUUUAGAGAUCAAGGAAAGUGGGUCAUCCCCCUCGGAGGUCUUCUGUAGUAUGAAGCAACUUAGUUCACUGUGGGUCACCCCAUAGCAUUUUGACUGAGAUGUAUUUCACAGACGACUAAGACACAUGUUUCAAUGGUAAUGUUUAUUAAAAACAAUCUUUCCAUACAAAAUAUACUCUAACCAAGCUAAAAUGUUAUAUUCCCUACGAAACCACAGCAGGCAUUACACACAUGGAAUGUUAAUUAUCUUACAAUGAUAAAUGGUGUGGCAUGCGUCACCUACGUGACAUUAAUAUGAAUAUGUAAUAUAUGAAACUAAAUAAUGACAAAUCUGGCAGUCAACAGACCAAUUUUGAUAUAUUAAAAUUCAGCCUAAAACAAUAGACCUCAGUACGAGGCUCCUAGGAAUAACUACAGAGUUUGUGGGGUUUAUUCGCCAGAGCCUCGUGCUGAGGUCCAUUGUGUCAGGCUGAAUUUUGGUCUAUUGUCACACACGCCUUGGAUUGAAAAGUCACGUUUACAGCCGUUAAACGUGUUGUCACGCAAUGCAACUUGUGCCGUGACAAACCAAGCCACCUUCACAAGGGUUCCUUGCUUAGCGAUUUCAAAACACCAGCAGCUGCAUGUAUGGUAGUCGAACAAAGAAUCUAUGAACUUAUGUCUGGUCAUGAGUUUAGCACAGUUCUCUUGGCCUUGAGUGAAAAUUUUGCGCAUCUUUUGAGAACAACAGGAUUAAUUUUCAAACACGAUUCGACACAUUUUUUUGGACUUUUAAAGGGUUGUGUCACGGAUUUAAAGUCGUUUUGAGGUUUGUAAAAUAGGCUUGAAAAGGACGCUUACCUCAAAAUAAUAGGUGAACAAAAAACUUGAAAAAAAA